AUCAAAAACUAGAGAAGGAGCAGCAAAAAAAAGUGAAGACCUUUUGAAACAAGAAAGUAAUGUUUUUGCCAGAUUAGUUCAAAAGCUAGGAUAUAUCAAAGAGGUUCAUCACGAGAUCAACACUGACAAUACACGACUGAUCAAGCAAAGUGCAUAUCACAUAUCAUCUAGUAUAAGAGAGUUUGUACAGCAAGAAAUUGACCAAUUAAAAGAAAGAGAUUUGAUUCGUGAAUCUUGA